AUGGGAAAUUCAAAGAAAGAAGAAGAAAGAGUUGAAAGAAUAAUUCGAGGUCUUUUAAAACUUCAAGAAAAUCGAAGAUGUAUCAAUUGCAAUAUCUUGGGACCACAAUAUGUCUGUACAACUUUCUCAACAUUUGUAUGCACAAAUUGCAGUGGACUACAUCGAGAAUUCACACAUAGAGUAAAAUCUGUCUCAAUGGCAAAAUUUACUCCUGAAGAAGUUACUGCUCUUCAAGCUGGUGGCAAUGAGAGAGCAAAGCAAAUUUAUUUCAAAGGAUGGGAUCCCCUACGGCAUUCUUAUCCUGAUUCCAGUAAUAUGCACAGACUUAGAGAUUUUAUCAAGCAUGUCUAUGUGGAUAGAAAAUAUACCGGCGAAAAAAGUCAAGAAAAUCUUCCCAGGAUUAAAUUGAAUGACAAGGAGGAGUCCUAUGAGAGUAAGAGGAGUAGUUCAUUUCGUUUAGAGUUCAUAACUACGAAGUCAAGUCCCGGUGCAAGAAGCAGUCCUGGUCCAAGAAGCGGUCCUGGUCCAAGAAGCGACAACUCGAGUUUCAGAUAUGUAUAUGAUGAAAGCAGAAGUCCUAAAUAUGUUAGAAAAUAUUCCAGAUAUGGGGGAGUAACUAGAAGUCCUAUAAAAAUAGAGGUUGUUGAUAACAGGUUUCGAGACGAUGAAUAUAGAAACCGCAGGCUUUCGAAUCUUGAAUCAAAGCUAAAACAACUUUCAGUUGAUGGUCAGAAGAAUGUCGAAAGAAUUCAAGCUCCGGUCGAAAGCUCUUCGGGUGAAAAAAUAACGGAGAAUGAUUCAUCUUCACAAGUUACAACUUCUGGUGGAGAAGGUUCUGUUGAGGAAAAACCAUCUGAACAAAAAAGUAAUAAAUCAAGAAGCUUCAAUGAUUCGAGUAUUAAGUCUCAAGCUUCUGAUACUGCUAUUGUACCUGUACAAGAAACACCAAGUAUGACACAGGAAAGUGAAAAUAACUGGGCCUCAUUUGAAGUUUCUAAUACUGCUAUUGUACCUGUAGAAGAAACACCAAGCAUGACCAUGAGAUCUUCUACAACAGAACCAAAACCUGAGGCAACAAUAUCAAAUCCUUUAGACCUUUUACUUCUUGAAUUGUCAGGCCCUUUUGCUCCAACCACUAGUGGCAUAUCAGAAGUUCCAAGUGGUGGCAUUGUUCCAACAACUACAACAUUAGAAAUGGACUCUACAUGGGAUUUUCCAUCUACUUCAAUGGAGGCAAAACCUUCUAAUGGUGCUCCUCCACCGCAAUCUGAGCUACAUGAGACAGAAGACUCCAUUGAAGUUUCACAUGCACAUGAACCACCAAACAUGCAAUAUCCUCCUUCUGUUUCAGUUGGUUGUAGUUCAAUAGCACAACCAACAAAUUCACCAAACAAUGCGACUUUAAAUAAAGAGCCAUCAUUUUCUCCUAGUACACAUGAAUCAUCGCAUGCUUUUACCGAAACUUCUUCAAAAACCACCCCAAAUCAUAAUCAAGAUACCAGACCUCCUGUUGGCUCUCAGCCUAAUACUAUGGAAACCAAGUCUAGUGGAAGAAUGGAACUUCCAGAGGACCUUUUUAGUACACGAUACUUAUCCGGCCCUGCAGCACAUGCAGGCUGGCAGAAUCUUCAACAUCAUGUCAUGGGAUAUGGCAUGCAGUAUUACCCUAAUGCAAUGCCUCCUCCAGCACUUCCAACUGCACCAAAAUACAUGAACCCGUUUGACAUAACUGAAGGGAGAAGUCUAGCGCAUGCAACAUCGUGUCCUACCAUGGAAUCAAUGAACGGCGUGCUUCCAGCUGUACCGACAAGAACAGGACUAAUGCAUGCUUCAAGUCUUGGCUCUUUAGAUACCACGGUGCCUUAUUCCGCAAGUUAUCCAUCUCCAAUUACUGGUGUAUGCUUUGAUCAACAUAAUAAUGAAGAUCAACAUUUUAGAUCACAAAGAGUUGACACUUUCAAUGGUUUUGGAUCUCUAGACCCCAUUCAACAGUCAUAUGGGGGAUAUGGGACACAUGGAAUUCCAAAUUCUUUUUCCAAUAUAAGAAGAAAUCCAUUUGAAUAAUUUGGUAUACUUCCACAAUCUUCCUUCUUAUGUCAGUCAGCCCAUGAAAAUUGGACAGUCAGUUAACCACUAGUUUCCUGUCUCAUGUAAAUAUGAAAGCACAUGGCAUGGGCAUAUGUUUAAAUUGCCCCUUCAUUGUAAUUUUGUGUAAAUUUGUAUUAAUUUUUUUUUUUUUUACAUAGUAAUGCAAUUAAAAUAUUUUCUCUUACUUCAUCAUUUAAGAACUAAGUGAAACUGAUCUCUUAUGCUGUUA